GUCACACAGACCAACAUACCGGAAGGCGGGGACGACCAGACCCUUGUACCCUGCAUACAGCCAAGCAGCCCCAUCAGAGGGGACUCUGGAGACUGGCGUGAUCUUCUGGUGCUGUCCAGGGCCUCCCUCUUGAGGGUACAGGGAGUGCUGUGACCAAAGCCCACCAGGUCCUUACCGGACUGUGUCCCCACAGUCGCCCUGCAGAGUGUGGUAGUUUCUGCCCCUCAUGAACCCAGGAGGCAGCCAGCCAUUCAGAGGCCUGUGACCCAGCCGCCAAGGUGCCUGGGAUGGUAUGCAAGUCUAUUGGGAGCCACUAGGCCCUGUGUACAACAGCCCCACUACAGAACCGGCUGACUGGAGGCCGCCAACCUCAAGGCGGCUGAGGCCGCUGCCCCGUGCCUCUGUAAUGGAAACUUCUCAGCCGCUCUGUGAGCCGCAGCUCCAGUUCCCGACUCCUGUGGGGCUCUGAUCGGCAGCAGACGGGAGGACAAGGCAGGUGAGCAACCACACGCAAGACAGGACCAUGUCCCAGUAAAUGAGGUCUGCGGCUCAAGUCUUGCGCCCUGAUUCCCACCCACAGACAAGCCAUCCAACCAGAGAGAAUGAGAGGGCCACGAGGGGCUCACAACCUCCCCGGACUCAGAGGGGUGGUAACAGGAAGUGCCCCCCCUCUAUCCUGAGACCCAGACGGCAGGAAUGUGGGUGCCAUGGGGCUGAGCCACCGAGAACUUCAAGGCAUGUGCGGUUCCGGGAGCCCCUGGAGGUGGCUGUCCACUACAUUGCCCGCAGGGACACCACAGCUGCCGUCAAGGUGCCCACGGCGGCUUCCCACGGCGGCUCCCUGCUCCAGCCAGCAUCCUCCAGCGGUUCCCUGUUCCUGUGGCUGACUCUGUGCGUUCUGCUUGGCGUGGCGUUGGGCCUGUACUGUGGCCAGGCCAAGCGUGUCGCGGCAGUCCUGGGGGAUCUCCGGGACUGGCUCCUGGUCCUCAUCGUGCGUCUGUGGCACACAGCCCUUGCCUGUUGCCACCGCCUCCUGCAUCUCUGACACCUGCUGAAUGGCAGUUUCACCUCUGAGCGUCGCUGGGGGUGAUGGCGUCGGAGGCCUGGGGUGGUUUGGGGGGUUUGUGCAUGGUGGUGGGGCCCAGGCGCUAAGACCAUCCCCAAGAUAGCUCUGCUAGUCACGGCUUGACAACCCAGGAGCUCUGCAGUGGAUUGGGAGGGAAAGGGGGCACCUCAGGCCUGCCCACCAGCUGCAGAUCCCGCGCGUCCACUGAACCUCUGUAGACACCGUUCUGCCAUGCGUGUUGCGACGUUAAGGGAAGCAAGCGCACAGUAAUGAGCUUCAGGACCCCCUAGACCUGCCUGGAGGGGGAGCCCUGAACACAGCAAGGAGGCCCAGUCAGACACCAGGGGGAUCCACCGAGGGGGGGGCCCUGUACCACCCUGGAACAAACAUCUGAUCAGGGUUUGGGAGCCAGGGUGAGGGUUAUGGUUGUCCUCUUAAGAUGUCUCUCCACUUACAUGUGCAGAAACAGAUUCCACCUGGAAGCAUCUGCAGCCUCUUUAACCUCAGGACUAUUGCAGAAAUGAGGGGUGCGAGGCAGUUGUCGAAGAAUCCCUCCAGGCCAAGCAUGUGUGUCUAGGCACCAAAGCACACCCUCCACCCACCCACACCUUCUCACCCCCACAACCCACAGGUCCUUUGCGGCUGUCAUUCAUGAGAACUGGGGGGACCCACAACGCCCCCAGGACCACAUCCUCCCCAGCAAGAUGCGCCCAGACUCCUAGCUCACUGAGGUGCCAUCUGCCCCUCUCUGGCCUUCAGGGACUCCACACAGUGGUCUCCCAGUUAUAAAGUUUGGGGGCACAGUCAGGGAGGGCCCAGUGGAGAGAAACCUGCUUCCAGGAGUGGUCUAGAGAGGACCAGCCUGGGAAGCCACUCACCAGGAUCAGCUAUCACCAUGGCUACGGUUGCCUGCACCAACCCUGCUGCCCCAGGACCUGUCCCACCUCAUCCGCCCUGGUAAAAGGCAGGCUCAUCCCUGGCCUGUGUUCCAACAGACACUAAGGGCUGAGGGGAAGACCUCCAGGUCACCCUUCUGUCCCUGCUUCUGAGAGUGAAUACCCUCCAGGAAGGUCACCCAUGUGUUACAAUAGGGAGCCAGGGCUUCCCGCCUCCCAGCCCGCAUUUGCUGCAAAGGCCACCGAAAAUAAAAGUGUGCCCAGCUCUGCAGGGGCCACAAAACUCUA